CUGACAUCUGCUCCAUUUUGGGCUCAAUUGUUAUGCCAAUUCACAAUCAAUUCAAUUGUGACAUUGUUCCAAAUUUAUCUACCAUCCUAUUUCAAAGAUGUUUUGCAUUUGGGAGUUAUUGCGGUUAGUUUUCACAAGUAUUUGCUGAAUAUUUUUUGCAACUUCGUAAUUUUUCAGAACGGAACUUAUACAUCAAUUCCAAACGUGGUUAACUUUGCAGUCAAAUUAGUUUGGGGAAUAUCAAUCGAUAAUUUGAAGGAGAAAAAUAAAAUCAGCCCAACAUUUGCCGUCAAAUUAUCACAAGCAAUUGCAAAUUAUGGCGGGACAGUAUGUCUCAUAUUAAUCGCGCUUCUCGUUGAUUGCACCAAUCCAACAGUUGGUUUCGCACUUUUCUGUUUCAUGUGAGUGAAAAUUACGAAAAAUUUUAAUCCCUGAUAUACCAGAAACUGAUAAGAAGAGUAUCAUAGUAUCAAAUUCUUCAGGUAUGGUUGCAUGGGAACAUUUGUCAGCGGAUUUUAUACAAGUUUGCUAUCAUUGGCGCCGAGAUAUACAGCAACAAUGUCAUCGAUUUCUGUUUUUUGUGCAAUGUUAGGACGAUUAUCAACUCCUGCUAUUGUGGGGUUAAUCAAGAAAGAGGUAUGAGAAAUUUGAAAAAAAACAGGAGGGGGUCAAAUUUAUUCGGGGACAAUCUGAUAAACUUGCCACUUAUAACUUUUUUCAAUGAAAUUUCAAGGGAUUUCUGAUUACCUCGUUUUUAUCAGUGAAAAAAAAAAGGAAUAGAGUUUAUUGCCAAUGUUAAAGCAUUUUAAAUUUUAAAAACUGGUUGAUGCAUUUUUCCAAGUCUUCAGAAAAGUUUUAGAAUAUUACAAUUUUUUCCAGAAUUUUUUGGGCCACAAAAAUUUCCUUCUAUUUUUUUUGAAUUUCAGGGAACACUUCCCGAAUGGCAAACUCUUUUCUUCGUUCUCGCCGCCGCCAAUGCAAUUUGUGGAACAGUUUUUCUAAUUUUCGGAUCAGGCGAUUUACAAGAAUGGGGAAUUGAAGAAGAAAACAAACAAUCUGAAAUGCAACCAAUAUCAGCAAAACAAUCACUUGUGGCUGUAAAUAUUCAAGCUCCAUCAAUCGGAAAUAUUGCAGAACAACAAGCUGAAAGUGUUCACUUUAUAAAUGCGAUUGGGGAAGAUGAAGAUAAUGAAAUGGUUGUUCCUCAAAUUUUAUUGAAUGAGAUUACUUUGACGACUGAAGAAGCUGAACGUUUUAAACGAAGAAUUCGAGAAGACUCGAUGUGUCUAUAA